GCAGAAACAUCCUACAGUUCUACAGUAAGUGCACAGGCAGUUUGUUUUGUUUAGAAAAAUGAUUAAAUCAGUGUAACAUGUUCAAAAUUUAUGUACAUAGAAUUGUGUAGAUCUGUCAAAGAUAAGUGAUUUAAACUAGCAAUUGGCGAUGCACCUGUUGUUAAAUAUACGACGCAUUUUUGGUCGUGUUCAGUCAUUGUUUCUUAUAGCUUCAACAGUCUCGGCUUUACUUUCAACAUUUUCGUUAGUUUUUACCGAUCCUGUUUUGGGACAGGGAGAAACUGAUGAAAACUUUAAAAAUACAUUAAAUAAUGGACUAAAAUGUACAGAUCUUCUUUUAGGACAGUAUCCUUUUCAUAUACCUCAUUUUAAAUUUACAUUAUGUUAUUUAGUGAUUUAUUUGUUAUCAUUAAGUUAAGUGUCGCAAAGUAAAGUGACCUUUUUUAAAUUUACACUGAAAAUUUACCAUCUUACUCUACUAAUUCUUAUGACUUAUAAUAAUAAUAAUAUUAUAUAUUAAAGAUUGAGUUGUAACUGAAAUUCUAAGAGAGGACAUAACUAAUAUUAAUAAAUUAAACUUACGUUGGGCACACUUGAUCAGAUUGAUACAAGCCAACUGUUUUAUUUUGUUUCGCACACAUUAAUAAAUGAGAGAUGACAGCAAGCUCUCUCUGCUGAUCAGUAGCUUAAUGUUUUCCUUUUCUUUAUAGGCCAAAGCUGUUCACUAUGUAAAAAACGCUUUCAGAGUGUAGAUUUUGUCUGUUUUGUUCAAAUUGAUACACCACACUCACACCUUUGCAUGUUACUUUUUUGAAAUUUGACAAUUGUAUUAUUUUCUUGUUAUGAACACUACGUUAAGUUACUUUUUCAUGUUAGUUUACAUACUGAUCAUCAUCAUCAGUGGCACUACAGCCCAUGUAGGGCCCUGGCCUGCUCCACCACAUCCUUCCACUCGGAGCGAUCCAUGGCUUUCCGUCUCCAUGCUCGAACCCCCAACUGGUGUAAAUCUGUCUCCACAUCAUCAAUCCACCUCAUCCUUGGGUGACCUGUGAGUCGUCUGCCCCUAGGUUUCUGCCUGUAUAUAAUUUUGGCUGCUCUGCAUUUCGGCAUUGUUACGCACUGACUUAUAUUGGGAGAAAUUAAUCCCCUAUUUUAAUUUUAAUUGGCUCGUUGUUAACAGUGCCUAACAAAGGACGAUACAUAGAGUCAACAAUAUUAAAGAUACGACACCCAAAACAGUUGUCAGUUACAAUUAAGAAGAUUUAUUAAGUCUUAAGAUAAUUACAAAAGAAAAGAAAAUAUAAUUACAAUCUUCAACUUACAGUAUGGUAGAUCUUGCACCAGUACACAGUUAACACAGUUAGAAUAAUGUGCCAAUAAAUGAUGCGAAAUAAACACAUAUGAGCACACAAAUACACAAAGAAUAAAACACGCCUCGUAAAGUUAAUAAAAUCUAUCUGAAUCUCCGUCCCUCCGUCCGUGCCUGUCAAUCCCUUAUAUAGGUCGCGUAAGCCCUGCCUUCCAGAAGACUUAUGACGUUUCUAGAACUAUCACAUUCAUUCUGCAAAAUACUAUUUGGAACAGAUUAAUUAUUUUUAGUGGUUGGUGGCAUAAACACGACAGAUCAAACAACUAAGCCACACCCCUCUGUGAACACAGCGUCUCAUGCGGGGUCAAUCAGAGGGCACGCACGAGAAAAAUUAUGUAAACAAGCUGUUAUAUAGCAGGCAUCCUUUCAACGUGACCUGCCCAGCGUAUUCUGCCUUUUUUAUCAUUGUGACUAUGAGUGGUUCUUUGUACCAAUAGUAAAGUUCUUGGUUUGUACGUAUUCUCCAGAUAUCAUUUUCUGUCACUGGUCCGUAUAUUUUGUGGAGGAUUUUCCUAUCUAAGUAAUUCCUCACUGAGGCGGGCCAAGGCACCUGCUCUGUAUAAACUGAGUACAUUCCAAGUCGCUAUCCAUAUGUCAUGUUUGUGGUCAGGCAUGGGUCGAAAUCCAUAAAUAUCAGUCCGUUUUUCUGAUUGUGGUUUUACUUUUGUAACAUUAGCUUUUUUACGUGACAGGGUCAUCAGCCCUGCGCACAACCGUCUGGGGGGAAGCCUCUUGCAGCUCUCAGGGUAGCUGCCUUUGUAUUGGGUCGGGUCCCUAGCCUUUGUGGAUCCCUCCACUUCCUAUAAGGCAGUAGGUACUGAUUUUGGUCCGCCCCGGGUAUUUUAUUUCCUCGGUACCCUCCAUAUCUGGUGGGCUUUCCCCUAUCCACCACCUGGGGAGGCGCUCGAUGGAAGAUCAGUAUCUCCUCACAAGUUUACAUACUGAUACAUUAUCAAAAAAAUGUUUAAAAUAAAAUAAACUAAUUUAACUAGUCACUCAUAAGUGAUAACACAUUAGUACACUGCGCUCGGUCUCAUUGCGCAUGCGCCGGAAGGUUUUAAAGGCCUACUUUAGACUAUCAAUACUGCUAUAAUAUAUUAAUAUCACUAUGAUAGUCUAUGAUCUCACUAUCAUCAUUUAAAACAGAAGAGUCACUAAACUAUGACUAUCUAUGUUUAUCAAGUUUUGAAUAUUAUGACAAGUUUUUUUUUUUACAAAUUUACUUUGAAUUCAUUCUAGAUUUUGUGAACUUUUUUUGGUUUAAACCAGUGUUAAAAAACAAAAAAAGGAAAUCUUAUGAUGGCAGCAGUUUUUUUUCUCCAAUUGGCACUAAUAUAUUGCCCAUUGGAGUACUAUCUGAUAACUAUAUGAGUUACUCUUUACAAACAACUUGCCAGAUAUUUAUGUGCAGAGCCAGUUAUUGAUCCAGAGACACAACAGCCAAUAGGAUGUUCUAAAGAUAAAAAAUAUGUUAAUGGUAUGUUACAAUUUCAUUAUUUCACUUUAUAACCUUUUAGUCAUAUAGAUUUUUAAAACUGAAUUUUAUCUUUUUAGGCCAAUAACUUGUAAGGAUUUCACUUACAUUUUCAGUUAAAGAAAGCUUUCGAAUAACUAUUACACCAUUUGCAUACCUUCUUCCAGUAUCUUUGUUAUAUGUUAUGUGGUAAACAAUUGCGGAAGCACCUAAUAUAAAUUUGUAGUUGAAAUCAAAAUUUGUAAAACAUGACUUUAAAAAUUUAUGUUAUUAAAUGUACCUAGGAAAAAAAUAUAAUUAUACAAAUCUCCUUUGACCUGCUCAUGAGCCAACCACCCCAAGUGAAAUAUUCCCCCCCCCCCCCCCCCCCAAAAGUCAGCUUUCGAAUGAGUAAAUAUGGUGCAAACAAUUACAUUAAAAGAUUUUCAAUGCAUAAUAUAUAAUUUUUUAACUAACAGUGGAUGAUGUAGAGGGCAGAUUCAUUUGUUAUUAGCCAAUAUAGUAAUCAGAGAAACUCUUUAUUUUUAUUAUCAUAUUUCAAUUUAAGAAAAAUCUAAAUUAAAUUCCAUUAUUUAUGUUUGCUUAGCUCUUAAACAGAUGAUAGUUAAAACAUUUGAACUAUGAUUUUCAUCAUUACAGUCUUUUACAAAGUUUUCUGCUCAGAAUGUAAAACAAAAAAAAAUUCAGUUAAUUAACUAUAUAGACUAUUACAUUUAUAAUAACAUAAUGAUUGUUGAAAUUAAGAUAAAUAUUGUGUAUUAAUUCUUCUGAAUUCUAAGUGAGAUAUCCUAGAAUCAAUGCUAUACAUACAUAUGUACACUAACAUAUACAUCUGUUCAAACUUUACCAAUAUGUUUAAUAUUUCAGUUUUGUGUAAAAGUGCUCCCGGUAUUGUUUGUGAUGGACAAUUUAACAAUGACUCAUUCUAUAGAACAGUUCCUUGCAAGUGGACGUAAGUAACCAUUGAUCUGUGGACAUUGGAAGUCUCUUUCAAAUAGUUACCUGAAAUUAAAAUAAUUUACAGCUUAAAUAUUGUAAGCUAUGUAUAACUGUGUGCAAGAUUACUAGGUGUUUUAACAUAUCAAUUUUGUUUAUAUAGGAGUGGGCAUUCUUUUGAGACUGCACUCCUGCUUUCAGUGUUUUUGGGGAUGUUUGGAGUGGAUAGAUUUUACUUAGGCUAUCCAGCCAUUGGUAAGAUAUGCUUAUUUCCUGAAUAGUUAGAAGAGGGUUGGAAUGAUAAUGCUCAAGAAGAUUAAAAUACAAAAAGUAUAAAGUAACAUGAUGAAUCUAUAUUUAGUGGCUUUCUUGUAAUACUUCUUUAAGCACUGUACAAUUCUAAUACACUUUAUUAAUUCUUGAACUUUAUAUUUUCUAUAUGUAUGAUUUUCAGUUGUUUCUUUUUGUAUGGGAGAAAAUUUGUAAAGCCACAAAAGAGUUAUGGCCCAUAAGGCACUUAACCAAAAUGAUGUUUCAACUUUGUUUUGUAGGACUUCUGAAGUUUGCAACUUUAGGAUUCAUGUUUUUGGGACAAUUGAUUGAUAUUUUACUGAUUGCUACUCAGGUAAUUGGGAUUUUUUCUGUCAAUUUUAUAAAUAACAGUCCACAAUUUGCUCAGCAAUGUAUUUUAACAGUUUAUAUCUAAUACUUAUGUGAAAAAAUCACAUUAUAAUUGUUGCUUUCCUCCUCUCAAAGAAAAUCAUUUACAGUUAAAACAGAAAUAACUGCAUAAUUAUUUUGUAAAAAAACAGUUUAUGGUGAUUUUGCUACUAAUCGCCAUGUGGUCGUUAAUAUUAACGAGACUAUAGCAUAGCGGCGUUUUAAUUUUUUUUCUAAAGUUCCAGAUCAUGACAAAAAUAAAAAUGCAUUUAAUUUACUUGCUUCAAAUAAACAUUAUUUCACUGCAAUAGAAUGCACAAAUGUUGAUACUUUCAUUUUAUUUUCAGCCUACAACUAAAUUUUAUUCAUAUAACAAGUAUUUUCAUUAGAUUGACAUUACAUUUCUUCAGGUACUCACUCCAUCAGAUGGCUCAGCCUACGUUCUGGAUUAUUAUGGGGCAGCAGUAGUCAGAAUUUUUAAAGAUAACGAAACAUAUUUAUUUACUGAAGACUGACAGUGUACAUGUGACAUUGUGAUAAUGAUUGUAAUUUGAUUAAACAAUUAUUCUUUAUUGCUUUCUAAGAAUGGCUUUUUGUGUGAAUAAUGUGUAUUAAAUGAAUUCACUAUAUACUUCAUGUUAAAAGAACAUAAUGCAAAAGUAACCACAGUUUUUGUAUUUAAGGUUGUAGUUUAAACAAUUUAGAAAUUUUAUCUUACACUUACUUAAGCUGUAUAUUAUUUUGUAUAUUAUUAUUUGCUUUAAAAACAAAACAUGUAUAAUGAGUUUAUAUUUUAACAUGACAGUCAUCUGAAGCAUGUUUUGAUAAAAAAAUGUUUAAAUGUAAAUAAAAAAAAAUAAAAUCUUGAAUAUGUCCUUGUUUUUUUAAAUUUACUUAUAUUUUAAAAAAACAUUUACAUCCUUUAUAUAAAAAUAUAUAUUUUCUCUUUCAAAGUGCCUCAGAUAAACAAAAAAUGUUUUUUGUGAAGUAAAUGUGAAAGAAUGUUGUAAGUAAUUAUAAGGUAACAAAAAUAAGCAAUUUUGCAUAUUAUAUUUUAAACAAUUAAAAUUAUAUUAAUAGAAGCUACACAACGUUAAAAUGCUUGUUAUACAAGGAUAUGAAAAGUAAAAUUUCAUGUUUAACUCAAAAUGUUGAUUGGAUCUUUCUUGUCUUUUUAAUAACACAACACCAUGCACAAGUUUACAGACCUUGUAUUUGGACA